GGUGGAGAUGCCUGAACGCUAAUACAAUGACGACAAAACAAAUCUAUAGCCUUUUAUCAAGGCUGGGAAGAGUACAAGAACGGCUUUGGCAACUUAAAUACGAAUUUCUUUAUUGGUCUCGAUAAAUUACAUGCCCUAACGGAGUCACAGUUGCACGAAUUAUGGAUCGAGUUGAAGGACUUCGACGGUGUGGAGAAGCAUGCCAUGUACGACAGUUUUGCCAUUACAGACGAGAGCCAAAAAUAUGCAAUGAGUAUUUUAGGCACAUAUUCGGGCACAGCAGGUGACGACUUAACUGAGGUACAUAGUGGCGCGAACUUCAGCACAUUCGAUCAGGAUAAUAGCGGCGGUACUUACAAUUGCCCAUUUUAUUUGAAAGGCGGUUGGUGGUAUGCAAAGUGGCCUUGCGGUGAAAGCAACCUAAAUGGAGUCUACCAUAAUGGCUCCUAUGAUGAGAAGUAUGCUGAAGGUAUAACUUGGCCGAAUUGGCGUGGAUCCAAAUACUCUAUGAAAUAUGUGCAUAUGGCAAUCAGACCAAAAUCGAAUUAUCCUUAUAGGAAGACAGCAGAUUCAAGCACUCUUUUAACCCGGAUUACGUCACCGCAACAUUCUAAACCCAAACCAAACAAUCACGCCAAGCUGUAGGUCUGUUCGUCAGCACGAAGUCAACCAACCUACAUAUAUAUUUAGAUAAGUAUACAUUAUAAUAGAAACUACUCUGCAGAAUAUCAAAUAAAGUAAAAUGAUUCGGAUUAAAUUAA